AUGGCAUCCUUUGUUCCCGUUCCCGAUCGUUCCGAUUUCCCAUUGGAGAAUUGUCCAUAUGGAAUUUUCUCUACAGCUAGCAAUAAGAAACAUAGAAUCGGAGUUGCUAUCGGAGAACACAUCCUUGAUUUGUCCGCUAUUACCAAUCUCUUCGAUGGACCUACAAUCAAAAACAAUUUGGAUGUCUUGAAACAGGAAACUCUGAAUGCUUUCAUGAGUCUUCCUCGUUCAGCUUGGCUUGAGGUUCGUAAAACUGUUCAAACUCUUCUGUCCGCUGAUUGUCCAACUCUACGAGACAAUCAGGAGUUGAGAUAUGCCGCUCUUGUCUUGCAAAAAGAUGCCACCCUCCAUCUCCCAGCUUCAAUCGGCGAUUACACCGAUUUCUACUCUUCUAUCUAUCACGCUACUAACGUUGGAAUCAUGUUCAGAGGAAAAGAUAAUGCUCUCAUGCCCAACUGGAAGUGGAUCCCUGUAGGAUACCACGGUCGUGCUUCUUCUGUGGUUGUUUCCGGAACUCCUAUUCGUAGACCAAACGGACAAAGAAAGCCAGAAGGAGAAACUGAGCCAACUUACGGUCCAAGCAGACUCCUUGAUUUCGAACUUGAGAUGGCUUUCUUCGUUGGAGGACCUUCCACCAAGCUCGGAGAACGUAUUCCUAUUGAGAAGACAGAAGAUCACAUCUUCGGUAUGGUUCUCAUGAACGAUUGGAGUGCUCGCGAUAUCCAAGCCUGGGAGUAUGUCCCUCUUGGUCCAUUCCUCGGAAAAUCAUUCGGAACAACUAUUUCUCCAUGGGUCGUUAGCAUGGAAGCUCUCAAGCCUUUCAUGGUUGAAAAUCCUGCUCAAGACCCAGCUCCUCUUGACUACCUGAAGCACAGCGACCCAUACACAUUGGAUAUCAAUCUUCAAGUCACAAUCAAACCAGAAGGUGGACAAGAUCAUCCCGUUUGUUCCACAAGCUUCAAGCAUCUCUACUGGACAUUGAAACAACAACUAACUCAUCAUACAGUGAAUGGAUGCAACGUAAACGCUGGAGACCUCAUGGGAUCAGGAACCGUCUCUGGACCCGAAGAAGGAGCUUAUGGAAGUAUGCUAGAACUUUCAUGGAGAGGUGCCAAGACUAUUCCUGUCGGUGACCAAACUCGCAAGUUCAUUCAGGACGGUGAUGAGGUCAAUCUCUCUGGCUUCUGCGAAAAAGACGGAGUUCGUAUUGGCUUUGGUCCAUGCAGAGGAGCCGUUUUGCCUGCCAACUGA